AACAGAGAAAGGAAAGAAGAAAGCGCGGGGGGAGCUAGGGCUACCGUGUCUGUACCUAACAUAAUGGCGGGAAAAAACGCACCCCUCAAGAAUUGGCGGGAAAAUCUCCUUAUUAUCAUCAUUUAGCGCGCGAAGCCAGUUUCACUCUACACAGAUCUGAAACUAAAACACAAAAUUCAGAUCAGAAAAUGGUGGGACCGAUGUACGAUUUCGUCGCAAACCCUCUCGGAGCCGUCCGAUUAACAUUUGACAAGACAAUCGGGUCCGCAACGGACCCGUCCUCCUUCGACGGCAAAGAUUGGGGCGCCGUCGACCUCUUCCGCCACUUCCUCUUCGACCAAGCCCGCCUUUCCCAGGUUCCAAUUCUUAAUGGUGCAACAAUAAAUUGGAUUAAACCGAACACUCUUGUUCGGUUUCGGGGAAUGAUACAAGACAUGUUGGGAAAUGAAUUAUAUGUUGGUGCUUAUAAGGAUGGCUCAGUUUGGAGGACUAACAAAUUCAUGGAUAUCUCUCAAUGCCCCGUGGAACUUAAUUCGCCUGAUAUGCGUCUCUGGGAGCGUCGUUUAUUGUACUGUGUUCCGGUUCCGGGAUUAAAUUCGUGGGCUGAAUCUACUUCUGAGGUAGCGGUAAAUAUGUGCAUGGAUUCGACUUCUGAACAAAGAGAUAAGCGUAGGAGAAUGGACAUUGAAGCUGUGGAUCACAAUGAUUUUCCUGUCUCAGGUGAUGAAUCUGAAGAUUCUCCUAGUGCGAAAAGGAUGAGAGAGGAUCCCUCAUCUUCACAGUACCUGGAUCCUAAAAAUGAAGGGCCUUGUUCAAGCCAUGUUAUUCUCCCAGACGUUGAUAGAGAUUCUCUUCCUUGUCUAGUAAAGAUAUAUGAUUCUCCAGAGUCUGAGUUGAAGCUAAAUGAUGUUUUUGAAUUUGUCGGGGUCCUCACUUUUGAUUCUGAGCUUCCAUCAGAGAAGGUUGAUCAGGAUGAGUUCUCUAAUGGUCUUUGUGAUGACGUGUCUGUCAAUUUGCCACCCAACAAGGUGCCACGCCUCCAUUGCGUUAUUCAUAGGAAACUCACAGUCUAUGACUUUCUGCAGAACUCCCCUCCAACAGAGCCAAAACCCCAUUUAGUCAAAGAGGCAAGGGAAGCACUGUUAAGGCAUCUCACAUCUAUUCUUGGCAAUGAUGGGGUAGCAGCUCAUUUCAUGUUGUUGCAUCUUCUGUCUAGGGUACAUGCCAGAGCUGAUAAUGUUGCUGUUGGGAAGCUUUCUUUGAACCUUACUUGUAUUAGCAAAGAGAUCGCAUCUGUAUUUGGCACUAAACUAAGUAUUGUCAUCAAGAAUCUUCUUCCCUUCACAAAAUGCAUACCCCUGACUGUGGAAUAUCUCAACACGGCUUCUCUUGCUCCCAAAAAGGAUUAUCAAAUAAAUAGACUGAUACCUGGAGUUCUACAGCUAGCUGAGGGCUCACACUUAAUUUUUGAUGAGACAUGUUUGGAAACAGGAACCCUCAAUUCUGCUGGGGUUGAGAACGCAAGGCUGCUAAAAGCCCUGACAGAGUUGCAAAAGGUUGAGUAUGAUUUUAAGUAUUACAAGAUGGAGAUGAUGGCUGAUGUCCAAAUGCUAAUAUUGUCAGAGGGGAAAUCAAACAUCAUGCCAGCUGAUAUAAUUAUGCCAUUCCAGCCUUCUUCGGCAGGUUCCUCAGAUGUUGUGCCUGCAGAAGUCCUGGAAGUUUGGAGAUGGUACUUGGCUACUGUUAGAUCAAUGCCUCAUUUGAUCGAGGCAGAAAUGCAGAAGGUGGUAGAAAAUGACUUGGUUACUGCUAGGCAAACGGAUCGAAGCUUAGGCAGCCAAGACUUCAGCAGAUGGCUGACAAUGGGCCGCCUCAUUUCUGCCAGUUUUGGCGAGACCUCACUCUCAUUGGAGCACUGGCAAAUGGUAAAGGAGCUGGAGAGGCUAAGGAUGGAUAGACUCAAGUGAAAUAUGCCUUUCGAUGCCGGCACUCAAACAAGUAAAACUAAAGGCAUUCUAGUAGUAAAUACUUCGCCUGCUUGUGGUUGCAAAACAAUGACGUCACAUGAUAUCACCGAAUUUUAACCUGACCCUCCUCUUGCAGAGCUUGGAUUAUCGGGCAUUUCCUUGAUUACAUAAAAGAGGAAUCCAUCAAAAUUUAUGUGAUUAAGGAGGCACUGCAUUGGGAGUACCUUAUAUUUUAUUGGAGGUAUUUAUCAACUUAGGAGUAACGAAAGGGUGUUAUUUGGAUGUCUCACGUUAAUUGAUUGUAGAGAAUUUAUAUAGACCAGUUUUCACGAAUCCAAGAUAUUCUCCAGUCCCAUUUGCAAGUGCAUCAUGGAUAAUGACCGAUUUAUAUCAGAGAGACACAAUUAACAUA